UGAGCAUAACUUUGCACCAAUAGAAAGUAGAUACAGCGAGAUUGACAGGUAGUAGAGCCAAUAGGAUUUCGCAUUGUCUCCUAAAGCCUGCCCCCAUGGGAUUUUAAUGGAUAGAGAUUAGGUAAUGGCGACGGGUUUGGUAAGUAGAGAAAGAAACUUUGUGUUGACAAGUUGAUAACUGGCGUGACAGCGCUGACAGUCGGGGGGCGCUGUGCCGCGGGGUAGCCGGAGCCCCUGUGCGGUGUCUCGGUGUGUGCUGUCCCCGGGCGAGGCGGCCAUGGCCGGACAUUGCUUGUGACGUUCAUUGUUUUUGUCAGUCAGUCAGUGUUGUUGUUGUUUCGGGAGUUCGUUCAUUUCCGCCCUUGACAGCUGCUCCCCCCAGCCGCCCGGGCUCCAGUCAUUAGACACUCCAGGCAGGUCCUGUCCUAGGUCGGCUCCCGGGCUUGGAAUGUGUCUGUCAGCCUUCCAGCUGCUGUAAAUAGAGCCACUGCCAUUCAAUGGAGCCAGCCUCCACUGCCCCAACCGUGACCAUUCAACGGAGCCAGCCUCCACCGCCCCAACCGUGACCAUUCAACGGAGCCAGCCUCCACCGCCCCAACCGUGACCAUUCAAUGGAGCCAGCCUCCACCGCCCCAACCGUGACCAUUCAAUGGAGCCAGCCUCCACCGCCCCAACCGUGACCAUUCAACGGAGCCAGCCUCCACCGCCCCAACCGUGACCAUUCCAUGAGCCAGCCUCCCACCCGCCCCAACCCGUGACCAUUCAGCGGAGCCAGCCUCCACGCCCCAACGUGACCAUUCCAGCGAGGCCAGCCUCCACGCUGGCGGCUGACCCAUUCCGUGAACACGGCCUCCCACCGCCCCAGCCCGGCGUGACCAUUCAGCGGAGCCAGCCUCCACCGCCCCAACGUGACCAUUCAGCGGAGCCAGCCUCCACACGCCCCAACGUGACCAUUCAUGAGCCAGCAGCCUACCGCCCCAGCCGUGACCAUUCCGCCGGAGCCCAGCCUCCACCGCCCCAACCCGUGACCAUUCAAUGGAGCCAGCCUCCACCCGCCCCAACGUGACCAUUCAAUGGAGCCAGCCUCCACCGUAACCGUGACCAUUCGAAAUGGAGCCAGCCCCUCCCACCGCCCCAGCCCGUAACCAUUCAAUGGAGCCAGCCUCCACCGCCCCAAACCGUGACCAUUCAAUGGAGCCAGCCUCCACCGCCCCAAACCGUGACCAUUCAAUGGAGCCAGCCUCCACCGCCCCAAACCGUGACCAUUCAACGGAGCCAGCCCCAACCGAGAUCAUUCAACGGAGCCAGCCUCCACCGCCCCAACCCUGACCAUUCCACACAGCCAGCCACCACUGCCAUUCCACACAGCCAGCCUCCACUGUCCUGACCAUUUAAUAGAGCCAGCCUCUAUUGCCAUUCGAUAGAGCCCCAACCUUCAUUAGCCCCACUCCCUGCCAUUCAAUACAGCCUGUUUACUUUACCCCUGGUCCUCUAGGGGAGCCAGUGCAGGCUAGUUAGCCCCAGGAGCCCGUCACAUAGAAGCAUGUAUUGGUACAAAUUAAGGAAGGUGUAUGUGAUGCGGGGAUCAGGUGACUUGAUAAGGAAUCGCACUGAACUGAAGAUGAAUAUAUUGCAUGGACGGGGAUUUAAUGUCCUUUGUCCUUAGAAUAGCGCGAGCUAUUGAUACGUUAGGGCUAAUGCAUAAAUCGUAAUUCUGAUGCAAAGUUCUAUAUAUGGAAUGUUCCACAUUUAGAACUCUGCCCCUGAAUGGCUCUUCACAUAUAACUCACAUUGUAGCAAAUUGAUGUUCGAUCAGUUUAGAAAGGGGUAAAGAGGAUGUUUAUUUGAAAUUCCUUCUAUUUGCAAACACAGCAGUCUAUAAAUGUGUUAUUCGCCUUCCUUCAUUGUUCGCGUAUUUAGUUCUCAUUCCUGCUUUAACAAGAACAUGUCCUGCAUGCCAUUUAUCUCAGUGCCAUUGAGAAACAGCCUAUGUUCUCGGAUAUAACAGAGUUGGGCAAUACUGUAAAUAACAGUACUUCGUUUAGCGGGCAGUUUCUGUAAAAUGACAGUAGAAUGUAGGAAUGAUGUUUAACCCGACAGGUAGGAGCAGCUCUAGGUUUGUAGUGGGCUGUCAUGGAGAAGUGGUUUUUCACAUAGGAUUGGUGGAGCUGGUUCUUUGUAACAGUAAGGAACAUUCAUUUGUGUUCUACAUUUAUAACUUAAAUCUUGUCGGUUUACCUUCAAAUGCAGCGCACAACUCAAAGGUAAACGUUAAACAGAAUAUUAACCCAUGGCAGACUGUGAUCUGAUAGAGAAAUGUGGAAACACGCUCUCAUAAAAGCCUUGUAUUUUUCAUAUGUUUACAAGAACAAGGGAUGUCCACUAAUAAUGAAGGCUUGGAAAGCGACCUUCUUGAGUUAAUCUUCCUCUGUGUGGUAGUAAGAAACAAUAUAACGUGCUGUUCAGUUGUUCUUGGAACGGCUAAACGCUGGUUUUAACCCAUCCGUUAAUUGCCAUAGAACAAGCUUAAUCUUGUGACACUGAGGAAUCCGUGUUAUGCCUAAGAGAAUGAAUGGGAGUGCAGUACGCAUGCGCGCAGACUUUAUAAACAAGAUGUCACGUGAUGGAAAGGCUGGACUUUGUUCUUUUUCUCGGAAUGUUUCAGUUUCCUGUUCUUUACCAAUCUCAUUUAGGCCCUUUAAUCGGAACGACAUAUGGAAACUCCUUUACUGGGGGGAAAGGGAGUCUUUCUUUCAUACCGAUACUCUUAUACUAGCCAGACAGCUUAAUAGAUUCAGGUGGCUUCUCAUGCUUUACAUUUGAACGUGCUUUCUAGAGACAACUUCCCCAUAGCAGGAGUUAACAAGAUUAGGUCCACUCAUUUAGGCAGGGACUUGUUGGGUGUAUAGUUUCAGUUUGGUUGAUGGAGGCGCAGUUUCCUUCCUUUUUUAAACAUUGUUACAAGGGCUCCGUUAUGGUGAAGGGGCACAUCCACUAAAUUAGAAACCUGUUUACAAAGUGUAUGCUAAAAUUGUGACUAUAAGUAAGUUGGAGACUUUUUUUUUUUUUUUUUGUUUUUUUGUUUUUUUUUUUUAACCCUUCGCCUCAAUGUUUGUCAUGAAUAAAACCAUUUUAUUUUGUUAGUCAGUUUAGUGAACAAAACAAGCUUACAUUAGUGAAUGGCGAUUCUUAGCAAUGAGUAUAGUGAUGAUCAAGCAACUGAGUAAUUUUUUUUUUUUUGCUUCAUGAACUUUUUGCAAUUACAUAUAAUUCCCGUUUAGACAAUUGGAGCUUGACAUUUGUUUGGAUGUGGGAGGGUGUUAUUUUUAUAAUAUAACUAAAAGGGUUACUCCAAGCUUCCUAACCUCUAGGAUUGGCUUUAUUGCAGUCCACUGGCAUCAGACAAGUUGUCUCUGAAGCUAGUGGGACACCCCAUAAGACAGACAGCUGGUGGUGCCUUAGUUUGUAGGACAUUUUUUGAAGUAACAGUUGUCAGAAUCUGCACUCACAAUCUCUUAAGCUGGCUAUAGCAAGCCCUGUAACAGAGCGGACCACCUUUUGGGUGAGCUGUGCAGCACCCUGUUGGCAACACAGCUCGCACACUCGAGGGUGUCCUGAUGCCCAUUAUAGCAAUUCCAAGGGUACUCUAGUUCCCAUUUUCUGGUAAUGGUCCAAGCCCUUCUGCAAUGGAUUGCCCUUUUACUUGCUCGGUACUUGGGGUCCUCCUGUGGCCAGUGAUGUUUUCCGGCUUCUGCAGAUCCCAUCGGCCAUUUAUUGGCUGCUCUCAACCAAUGUAUGCAAUUCUGAGCCUAGAUAUAUCUAAGUACUCUAGUUCCGGGCUGGAUAAUGAUAAUGAAACACUGCACAUAGAAACUCCAGACACCAUGGCCAUUUUAAAUCACUGAUUUGGACAUGGUGUUAUGGAUGUAAAUUAGUGAUAGUAAAAUGUGUAUUUUCUUGAAAUGGCUGCUAGAGCACCCCUCCCAUUGAGCAAAGCAUGUCAUGUACUAAGAGGGCGUCUCCUUCCAGAAUCCUGAUGUCACACUCUGGGGGAGGUACAGUAGACAAGACACUUAAAGGACUACUCUAGGCACCCAGACCACUUCAGCUUAAUGAAGUGGUCUGGGUGCCAGGUCCUUCUAGGGUUAACCCAUUUUUUAAUAAACAUAGCAGUUUCAGAGAAACUGCUAUGUUUAUGAAUGGGUUAAGCCUUCCCCCCCUAAUCCUCUAGUGGCUGUCUCAUUGACAGCCACUAGAGGCGCUUGCGUGCUUCUCACUGUGAUUGUAAAUGCUUUCCUAUGUGACCGUCUGAAUGCGCGCGCAGCUCUUGCCGCGCGUGCGCAUUCAGCCGGCGGGGCAGAGGAGAGGAGGAGAGCUCUCCGCCCAGCGCUGGAAAAAGGUAUUUUUUUUUUUUUUUUUAACCCCUUUCCCCUUUCCAGAGCCGGGCGGGAGGGGGACCCUGAGGGUGGGGGCACCCUCAGGGCACUAUAGUGCCAGGAAAACUAGUGUUUUCCUGGCACUAUAGUGGUCCUUUAACAUGGAAAGUGUGUUUUUAAUUGGUAAAUGCUAUCUCAUGUUCUGCAUAUGAUGUAUUUCUGCCUUUUAUAAGGGGCUCCCCGUCCCCCUGAUUAAACAUUCCGAAGUUUUUCAUCAGCCUGAAACUUGUGUCUCAGUGUGAUUUACUUCAGAGCGUGCACGUUUUCUAUUUUAAACAAUUUGGAAGGAAGCAGAUACUCCAAUAAACAAACACUUGGUUUGAUACACAAAGCACCAUCGUUGUGGAUCUCUUUAAAAUGCUUAAACAUUAUUGUCAGGACCCUGCUAGCAGGGUUAUUUACUAAAGUGAUAACUUUGGAGAAUUCAAAAUGAAUUUUUUUUUUAUUUAUUUUUUUAAUUAUAGGUUAACAUUGAUGAAAUGGAGAAAUUCUGUAAGUUUGCUUUUCUUUCAGUUAAAGGGACAUUAUAGGCACCCAGAUCAUUUCAGCUAAGUGAAGUUGUCUAGGUGCAGUGUCCCUGUCCCACUUAGUCUUGCAGUUUUUGAGAAACUGUAAUGAUGACACUGCAAGACUGCUUCAAUCACACCGCCACUAGAAGGCGGUUCCUGGUGGUUAAGCAACUUUUGGUUGCCUUACGCUGGACGUCCUCAUGCACAGCAUGAGGACAUCCACCAUCCGUAAAAUCCCUACAGGAAAGCACUGAAGAAAUGCUUUCCUAUGGUGAGGGUGCUUGAACUGAGCUGCUUACUCUUUAUCCCCCACUGUUAGAAGAGGAAAAACCAGAUAGUUGUUAAAAGGGGGGUGGAGGGGAAGGAGGAUGUGUGCAAGGGACGUGACCAGAGGGAACUAUAGUGUAAGGAAUAAAAAUUUGUAUUCGUUACCAUAGAAUCAGUUAAAACUACUCUGCCUUAAGUUUGAGACUUUGAAAUUUUGAAGUAAAUGUAAAUUCAAGUUGUCUGUUACUCCUCACAUUACAGCCCCACUCUCACUUGCCUCUUUCUUUGCUAAAGCAGCAUUUGGGCUCCCUUACACACAUCCGUGUAUUUUAGCAGUGAGUACUCUCACUUGCACACUUCAUAGAAGGCAUGUUCCCUUGCAGUCUAUGGAGCUGAGCCAGGGGAUGUCUUUUGAUCUUGUGACCAGCAGAAGUUUGGUAUAUGGACAUGUAAUAUUGGAGUUAAUACAUACCAUACAAACUUCUAAGCAACAGGUCCAAUUUGUGGGUCACCAUCGUGCUCUGUUCUAUCAGGGCAUUGUACUGUAAAAGAUGCAGUGCUACAUUGUCUAUUUUCACAACAAUGGUCACAAAGAAACAUGGCAUGCAAUGGGAAGUGCACUUUUUUUGACUCCAAAAGUAUAUGCAGUUAUUCUACUGUGAUAAAGAUUGCAUGAAAUUCAAUCUUUAGAUUACAGGCUCACUUUAGGCACAUAUAGUGCUUAUGUGACUGGAGUCUAUCAUGUUUAUGAAAGUGCCUAUUUCAGUAAAACUUUUUUUCAAUUGAAGCAAAAGCAAGUCCAUAUGUUUUUUUUGUAUAGAUCGACUAAACUGUAAAAUAAAUAAAUGGAAUGUUUCUUUUUAAGCAAACCCACAAGAAUAAACAUUUGAGAGAUUUGUGUAAAUUAUAAUGCAGAUUAUUUUGAUAAAACUUUUUAAAGUUCUGGGUGAUGUAUUUGACCGGAAAAGUUACAUAUCCUAUCAUUUUAGGAUAGAUGUUAAAUUAACCAUGCCAUACAUCCCUACACCUGAAUUUACAACAGUACACUAAAAUGAAUGCUAAUUGGUAUACUACUACAUUUACAAAUCUAGUACUGGUAAGAGAUUAUACAAAAACAUGUGCCUUUUCCAUGUUUAAAUCUUGGAUUGUAAUAUUCUGUAUUAGCACAACACUUAUCUUACCCUCACUAAUAGUUGCUCUUGAACCUGUUGACAUCCCUACACAUUCCUCUGCAAUUCUUUAUUUGCACUGUAAUUUAAUUGUUUCUGUAAUACUGCCUUAUGACCACUGGAUGUCACUGUUUUUAAAUAAAUUUAGAGAUUAGCUUGGAACAUAAAGGGAGAUUCUAAGUGCCCUAACUUCAACAGCUGAAGUAGAAGUGAACAUUUGUUUGCCAGUUGUUGUAGUCUGGUAAAAUCACUUAUUCAUCAGCCAAGCCACGAUACAGCAGCUAGGCUGUCAGCAGCAGGUAAAGCAAUGAUAAAUUAUGGCUUAAUACAAACCAGGAGAACUGCACCCAUAGACUCUUUAAGCACCCUAGCCAUUACUUUUUAGGGUGCAGAAGCUGGAUGCUGGUCUCCUGGCUUACAGGAGGCUUGGUGCUCGGUGUGUGAGAUGGCAAAUUGUUGCAAUAUUGUUUGCCACAUUAAUGGGGAACCAUGCCAGGGUACUGUGAUCAUCAUAACCAUUUAAAUGGGCUAGAGUAACCCUUUAAAGCAAGCAUGUUAAACUCAAAGGCUAGCACGGGCCACAUAAACAAGGUUUAAGUUUAUGUAGACCACCAACAAAAAAAAAACAACUUAAAUUUUCAUAGAAAUUUAGGUUUAUUUUGAAAAGUACAGUAUAAAUAAAAAUUUAAAAAAAACAAACAAAAAAAAGCAUCCCCCUCAACUAAACCCCUGGACCUCUUUUAAAAAAAAAAAAUAGCCAACAAACAGACUUUACUCACAUUGCCGCUGCCAGUAUGCGACUCCGGAGUUCAGCCUUUGGUAUACCCCGAAUGGCACCAUCCACACCCUAUGCCAAAGCGAAUUCUCCUACUACUCCUUGAAACCCUGUGAAGGUGGAGCAUGUUGGCAUCACAUUGGAAUGUGAUGUGGCGUUGCGUACCACUGUCCAGCUGCGGCCAUCGCAUCACUGACAGGCACACAUUUACACAUUCUUGCACACACUCACAAAUCAUUUUAUUUAUUGCUCACUACUUUUGGGAGCUGAUGUGGGGCCUCUCCCUGGGGUCCAUCUUUUGUCUGGAGGUCUCCCUCACUGCUUCCUCGCGCAGUUUUGUCAUAUUCCGGCAUGGCUACAGAGGGCGCAUGCAAGGGAGCAGUGAGGAGCAGGAAGAACAGACUGACCUCCCUCGCUGCAGCCAGCGUCCUCUCGCCCCAGCCGGGUAAAUUUUAGCAGAGUAGGCACCUGCAAUGCCUUAACAGUAAGCAUGUCAAACUUGCGGCCGCAAAGCAUUUCAUUGUGGGUCGCAUGCGGGCUGCGAGUUUAACAUGCUUGAUUUAAAGGAACACUCUCCAAGCAUAAAAACAGCUCACUGUAGUAGUUAUGGUGUUUCCUGUCCCGUGCGCUGCUCCCAGUCUUGUUGGAACUGCAGAAGCUGGACUUCAAUUUUGUUCAUUAUUGGGGUUUGUGCAGCUUGAUUGAGGGCAUUCAACUGAUGCUCUCAGCCAAUGAAUAAAUGCCAAGAUACUUAAGAUGGCAUCCUGCUUGAGAAAACCAGAAGCAGCUGACAGGAGCCAGGUUUAUGUAAAACCAAAUUUUGGGAGUGUGAAGGCUUAUGAAACAAACAUGUGAUUUUUGUGGUUAGGUUACAUCGCAGCUAAAAGUGAUAAAACGCUGAGGAGAGGAAAAGGCUGUGUAGCAAAGGAGUAUGAGUGCAGUUGUAAAAGCCUUGCAAUAAUUUCCCAGGACUUUUCAUGUCCUUUGUUAAAGGGACAGUUGAGGCAUCAGCCUUAUGUAAAUGAAUUUGUUAUGGUGUCAGGAGGUGAGCAGUCAGCUGACUCCCCAUUCACAAAACUGGUUUGGAAAUAAACUCACUUUUUCCAAGCCAGUUUUGUGAAUAGGGAGUCAUUAAUUGGCUGGGAGUGUCAGCUGACUGCUCUCAGCCAAACAGUGCCGCCCCUGGAUGUGUCGCCCCUUUUGGGUUAAACUGAGAAUGGUUUAAUCCCUUGAGGUAAGAAUGAUCCUAGAGGCCUCCUGGCACCAUUACUUCUUCAUUUAGAUGAAGUUGUUUUAGUGCUUGGAGGGCCCAUUUAAUUUUCAAAGUAUGAUGUGCAUGUGGGGGACAUACAAAAAAAAUGUUUGUCUUACCUAAUUAAAUCCAAAGUGUGGGUAUGCUUAAAGGAGAUUAUUUAGAUAAUAUCUUGAAAUUGUUUUGACAUCCCCCCCCCCACCACCCAUGCCUAGACUGAGUCCUUGCUGACUCCUCUUUGACUUCUUAUCCAGUCAAAUUCAUUAUGGACAAAAACAUUCACAGCAAGCACUGGGCUCCUCCAAUCAAAUGCUUCUUAUAGAGAAGCUUUCUGUCCUUUAGCUUCUUUAUAUGAAGCUUCAAUUAAAUGUUUGACGUACUCAUGCAAUACAAGAACAAAGUCUGACUCCGCUCUCAAUAAGGAAGCACCAGCUAGAUGCUGUCAGUGUAACUGCUGCUAGAAGUGUAAACAUUGCUGUAUCUCCAAAAUGGCAGUUUUGCAUUGUGGGAUAACCCAUCAGGGGUACUGCACACGGACCACUUUCUGUUAAAUUAAAGGCAUACUGAGUGACAAUAUACCUGGCAUGUUGUAUAUUAGGGAAUGCAAACCAGAGGCUUCUGCAUAGGCUACAUAUAUGUGAUAUGAGAAAGUUGAGUAGGAUAAUGACAUGUAAAGGGCUGGUUGUAUGGUGCUUUGGUAAAAGAAAUUCACUCACAAGCCUUCCAUACAAAACUAGCUCUGUAUUCACACAAACAUGCCUCGUCAUUACCUAAAUAGUAUAUAGCGCAGGAGUGCAUAUGUCUAAAUACUCCCAUAUGAACACUAUAGAGAGUCACUUUUUUUUUUUUUUUUUUAAACCUGGCUAAUAAUUAGAACAUACAGUUGUGAUCCCUGUCCUAUAUUCUUAAUUCUUCUAAACGGACAAAGCAGCAUAUACAACAGAGAUUUUGAUAGUCAGUUGCUGUGUGUGUUCUCACUAAUAAGUAUUAAGGCUCUUUAAGAUGUGGCCACUUUCUUACCAUGUACCAUGUUUGUUCAAUCCUAUGGAAUCUCUUGAAAAGUGAAAAAAGUUUUUCAAAAUGUGUGGAUUUUAUUUGUACAGGCUGCAACCAACCAAGCCCAGAUGGCUACAAAGUUACGUAGUCCUUACUCUAAAGUAGUUAAAGGACCACUAUAGGCACCCAGACCAAUGAAGUGGCCUGGGUGCCAGGUCCCUCUAGUUUUAACAUUACAGCUAUAAACAUAGCAGUUUCAGAGAAACUAUGUUUACACUGAGUGUUAAUCCAGCAUCUAGUGCCUGUCUCACUGACAGCCACUAGAGGCCAAUUCCGCGAUUCUCACUGUGAAAAUUACAGUGAGAAGACACUGAUGUCCUAUGGGUGGUUUGAAUGCGCGCGGAUUUUUCCGUGCAUGCACAUUCGGCGCUGACGUCGGCAGGAGGAGGAGAGUUCCCCGGUGCUGGAGAAAGGUAAGUGGCUGAAGGGGUUUUAACCCCUUCAGCACAGCGGGAGGGGGGCCAUGAGGGGCCAUGAGUGCUCCUUUAACAAGGAGGGGAAAAAAUGGAAAAGCAGACAUUGCAUGUUUAUUAAUUUUCUUUCAACUGAUUCUAGUACAGACAUCAACAGACCUUUGUGGACAGUCACUAUGGCUGGCUGUCAAUUCACAAGAAAUUACACAUUUGUAAAAAAAAAAAAAUAAUAAAAAAUCCUAAACUAUUUAUAUAUUUAGAUAUAUAUAUAUAUAUAUAUAUAUAUAUAGCUAAACACACACCAGUCAAGCCACAAGACUUGCUAAACACAAAUACAUACACCAGUCUUAUGGCUUGACUGGUGUGUGUAUUUGUGUUUAGCAAUGUAUUAACUAUCCAUUUACUUCAGGUACAAGGGGUUCUCACCCAUACCUUUUCACCACGACAACUGUUGGGGGGGGUGUGUGUGUGUGUGUGUGUGUGUGUGUAUAUAUAUUUUUAUUUAAUUGUUUUCCCCCCCAAGAUUUAGUACAUGAUAGCACAUUUAAGUUCUGGUACAGCCAGAGUACACAAUGCAAAUGAGGAGGAGAACAGUACACUUGGUAUGUACUUAUUCCCCCCACCCCUCACGCUGUGCUUAAUGAAAAAAAAAGAGAAACAUUUAUAACAGUGCUUCACAGGGAGCUAGUAUGGAGGAGCCCAGUUCUAGGAGUGAGUGCGCAUUUCUACUUUCAAUUUUUUUUAUUUUUUUUUCAUGCAGAUGAACAUGUUCAUAUACUUGUAAAAUAUGUUUGCAGUUAUGGAGUGUUCUUUGCAGAAUGUGAAGAAAGGAAAAAAAAGUUAUUUCAGUUUCAUUCCAUUCUGCAAGAAUAGUGGGCUCAAAUUAAAAAAAAAAACUGUUUAUUGCAAAAAAAAAAAAAAAAGAACAUGGAUACACCGCGCCAAAAAUAUAUUUAUAAAGUACACUUAAUACCUUAUACAUAGACCACUGAGAUAUUUACAUUUUUUCCGAUUCACCUCAAAAAGAACCAAAAACAGAGCAAAUAGUGCAAUAGUCUAAUUCAAUAAAGAUAUUUGUUCAGAUUGCUGUAAAGAACUCACUCACAUUAUUCAGAGCUAUCUUCGAGUUCUGCUGAAUUGUCCACAGACAGCAUAAUCCCUGUCUCAGGAUAUGUGUAGGUCAAAAUGAGGUAGUAUCAGCAGGACUGUAUUGUGUGAGGGGGGUGGGGAAAUGUAUUUAUUUAAAAUAUAUAAAUAAACAUUAUAUAUAAUUUUGAUUAAGUGAUCUUUAUAUCCCCUAUCUCUUACCUUUGCUCAGGGACGGGGUCCUUGCUGCAAGCCAUGGUGGUCUUUGUGGUGAGUGUACUCUAACCUGCAGCUCCUGGAACUAGAAUUCACUCUCGUGGAGUGUUGCCAUGGUAACCACUGCAAUGCACCAAGUUUGCGAGAGAAGAACCCAGUGGAGCUGCAUGUUUGAACUCCGGGUUCUAAUCUCCCCUCCAGUCCGUGAAGGCACAAAACAGGGUUGGUGCCUUAAUAGUGCCAGCACUGCAUGGGCUGGCAGGGAAGAGCAAGGGAGAGGGUCAGUGCUGUACUAUUUUCCCAGGGGGGGUAGUGGUCUGGUCUCUUUAAGGUAUCUCCUUGACACACUGUAGACUCGAAAUACUGCUUGAAUGUUUACACACCAUGAACAGGAAAUUAACAAUUUAACAGAAUUCUAACACUCUCUUCCAGUUAAAGUACUAUAAUAUGGUGUGGGAAGUAAAGACAAAGGACAUGCCCAACGCAGUGCAAAAAGUCCAAUUGGUAAUGGAAAAAAGGUCUACAGUAAUAAAUGAUUCAUUGGAAAUGCUAAAGUGCAAUGAACGUAUUCCAUCUUCACCAGGCUAUGAAUCCUCUGAUGAUCAUAUGGAACUUGGUAAGGCUUGUAAAAUUGUAUAUUAUGCACACAAAGCCCACUGGUUUAGUCAGGAUACUAUUUGUUUCGCUGUUACUGUGAUGAUGCCUAAAUCCAGUAAACACAAUGUUGAAGAAAUGUUGAUAUGCCCUAUAAAAUACAAAAUUGAUAAAAGAACACAUGACUGUAAGUGGUGCUUUUAAAGUUAUUACACUAUAACACUGCAUUGUUACACGCACAUUCAUUCACUCUCUCACUCUGUCAGAAAUGACAAAACUCGUGAUUCCCUCGAACAAGCUUUUGGGUCCAAACGUCAUCCCGAACAGAACUUCCCUCUAACGAAGCGCUCAGCCAUGUCAUAGGGAAACUAUGGCAACUUUGUAUCACUCAGUUAUUUUGUUACCUUGUAAUACAAAGUUGUCAUUUGAGCUCCCUCCUUGCUGACCCCUUCUUGAUUUCUGGACUCUGCUGACUUCUCCAAACCUCUGAUUACUGGACUUGCCACCAACUUUGCUAACGUAUUCUAAAUUGUUUGCCUGUGUACCUACUACACAAUCACUCUGCCUGCUUUAGUUUAAUCCAUUUUAAAGAUCACCUGCUAUUUCAUCUGCUUAUUUUCUGGACUUCAACUACCAUCUCUCCCUCUACAACUGUUUGAAUUUUGCACUUAAUCCAUUAAGGUAUUCAUUUUUAUUUUUUUUUUUUAUAUGUGCAUAUAUAUAUUAAUUUUUUUUAAUAUUUAUUUUUUGCAAUUCCAAAGUGUGCUAGAAAACUAUGUGUAUAGAAAGGACUUUUUUUUUAUUUUUUAUUUUUUUAAGCGCCAAAAGGGUCUAAAACAUUGCAGAGAUUUAGAGGUGUGUGGGGAAAAAACUGGUCCAAAAUAAGAAGACAUCUGAGUCUCCUAAUUUAAUUUUUUUUUUUUUUUUUUUUUACCAGAAAUGUAUUUUUCUCAUGCUCGAAAGAUAAGCCUAACCACCCUCCCAGGCCAGGUAUUCUAAAACAUAAAAAAUUGCCAACAAAGAUCUCUUAAUGCCAUUCUGUAAUCUAUUUGCAGUUUGUUUGUUUGGGUUUUCUUCAAACAAUCUGAUUGCUGCAUGAGAUCAGUUUGAAAAUAGCAAGUAUGGUUUCUACGUGGUUAAGUGAUUUACAGUGAAGCACAGUUGAAUUUUAUCAACUAUGUUGAAAUGAGUAUUAAUACAGUCAAAUUGUUCAGUGAAUAGAGCCUAGAUUUUUUUUUUUUUUUUUUUAAACUGUGCUUGUGUUACAGAUGAUCUUCCAGAACUGCAAGCCGUUCAGGCUGAUGCCACAUCACCUGAGAUUUUCCACCUGGAUGCAAAUAUUUCACAUCAACAUUAUACAGUGCCUUCAUGGAACCAAAAUACCUCAGAUAUGCCUGAAAGUGCCUAUCCAUAUGACAACGGGGUCAAUUGGCUGACAGAGCUGGCUAACAUAGCAACAAGCCCUGAAAGUCCCUUAAUGCAAUGUACUUUCUACAACAGGUAAGCACUUUCUAUGCUAUUUUAAUAUAUUAUACAAAAACGAAUUCUGUAAUACUAAAAUAAGUCAAAAUGCAUUUUAUUUUGUUAUUUCUCCUUUUAUUUUUGAGAGAAAAAAAAAUCUAACAAAUGUAAAAGACGUCCUCAUUCGUUUUACUUGUUUUUAUUGUAUAAAAAAUGUAUUGGAAACUACUCAAUAAUAUGUUGUCUGCCAAAUCUGUUUUGAAAUUGUAAAUGGUUCAGUUAUUAAACUAAUUCUUUCAUGCAAGCUGUGUACUGUGGUGAAACUGCUUUUUAGCUUUGCAUGAGCAGCAGUGUGGGACUCGAAGGAACAAAAGCACUUUGUUACAUGCUGAUAUCAUUGAGAAUCUUAGAACACCUGUGAUUUUAUAUUUAAGAUAUCACAGUAUAUUCAGUCUUGGAUACUGUGUGGAUUACAGUUACAAUUUUUUGCAUAGCACCUACAUUUUCUGCAGUGCUGAACAAUAGGAAAAAUGACGAGCUUUUAAUUUUAACAAAACAUGUAUGACAUGGGAAAAGUAUGUGAAGAGGGCCCUGCCCAAACAAGUUUACCAUCUGAACCUUCUACAGUAGGCAUGGUCAAACAUUACAUAUCCCAUGAUGCUUUCUGAUUUGUAAGUUGGAAAGAGAUCAUGUGAAUUGAAGUUGUACACCAGCUCUACAUUUUUGUUUCUCCAGAUCCAAAGGGACUAGAUGUUUUUGGCACGGGCAUCUUCAGAUACCAGGAGGUGACUGAAAUCUCUCCACAGAAAUCUCUCUUUGAAAUGUUCAUUGCUCCACUUUAUAUUGAGAUGUGUACAUUACAGGAACAGCUAGGACUAUCUGUGUUUACAGAACAUAUCAUUUUUUUUUUUUUUUUUUUUAGAUAUGGCAAUUGAAAUAUUUUUAUUGGUUUACUUUUGAAUAAUGCCAUAGAUAUGAUAAAUGCUGAAGUGGAACUUUAAUAUUUGUCAGUAACUGGUUUUCUUAUUCCUUUCUUUCUAACAUUUCCUUCUUUCUGCCUCUCUAACCCUUCUUCCUCUUUCACCCAUAGUGCAUUAUUGCUUUGUUUAUGCAGAUUUAAAUUAUGUGGCUUUUCUUUAUUUUAGAUCAUCACCAGUUCACAUAAUUGCUACCAGCAAAAGUUUACAUUCCUAUGCCCGGCCUCCACCUGUUUCCCCAGACAGAGAGACCAGAACCUCCAAAAGUCAUUGGAAGGAGGAGCCAUCAGUCAGACACCAACGAGUGGGUUUCCAUUUUUAUUUCUAUUUUCUUCGGACAAAGCACUUUUAAUCAUCUGCAUUGAGUACCACUUUCUGUUUAGAGGAACACUUCAAGCACCCUAACCAGUGCAGCCUGCUGUAAUAGUUAUGGGGCCUGGAAUUACACAUGGUUGGUAGUGAAAACAUAUUAGUACGGUUUAACCAAGAUACUUGCGUCUCACCAGUAGAGACGUAGAUUCACCAAUACCCCACUCAACCUCAAUAUGAUGGGUGUGAUAUGUUUUAGUCUGUGAGUCCUUGCAGUAUUUUUCUGCACAGGACCUACAUGCACAGUAUGAAUGGAAAGUUUUAUAUUACUUUUAAUCAAAUGGAAAAGUACACCUAAUCUUUUUCAGUUAUUAAUAAUGCUUGCCAUAUGUGUUUUUUUUUGUUUGUUUUUUUUUCCUAGGCACAUAGUGAAUCAGAGUCUGGCAUAUUCUGCAUGUCCUCAUUUUCUGAUGAUGAUGAUUUAGGAUGGUGCCACUCUUGGCCUCUUACUGUUUGGCAUUGCUUUUUGAAAGGUAACUUUACCAUGUUAUUUUACACUACCAACACUGGAUGUAGUAAGUUAUUAAUGAACAGAAUGCAUUUAGCAGUCAAAUACCUUUGUUUAUGCAGCCCUAGUGACACCUCCCCUGGCUUUGAAGAAUAUUUAAUUUGAAUCAGCUUUAACAGCACAUAGUGUUUUCUUUAGAAGGUUUUUAUCUCCUGCUAGGUUAUUUUAAUAUAACUUUAAUCACACACAGGUGGCUUCUGCAGUGAUGAGCAGGGUAUAAGAUAUUCUUAGUUAAACAGACUGUGUAAUAAAUUAAGUUUAAAUAUUGGGUCUUUUUUACAGGAGAUGUAUAGGUCACAUGCAGGGGCAGUGUUUAAUAGAGCUGCAUAAACAAGCUGAUUCAACUCCUAAAUAGCAGAUAAUUUAGCCUAGGACUGCAGGUGUCAGACAGAUGCAAAAACAAAACAAACACUAACAACUGCUGGUUGCUCUGGAGCAGAAAAAGUAUGAAAUGCAUUGGAGGAUAUUUGCUCUUUUUCUAACAUAAAAUGCAGUGCUGAGGGUCUAACAACACCUUGUUGUUUUUUAAUUCUUUAUUUUUGCUAGUAUUAGCGAGGCUAGCAAAUACAGUAAUAUAGUUCACAAUCACCUAUGUGAAAAUAGUUGCACACAGAACAUUGCAAUAUCUUUUGAGCUUUGAAUCCAAGUAACAUUGCAUUAACAUAACAGUCGUACUUAAGGCUUUGGAAGUCGCAAAUUAUGUGGCAACGGGUAUGUUGGUCACGGCUAUAGUUGAGCUGAGAUUGUAUGUGAUUCUAAGUUGUUUUUUUGUAUUCGCCUUAUAAGCUUUUGUCCUUUUGUUGUUUCUUGUACAUGUGUUUCAAUGCGAGUUGAGUGAACGAUGAGUAGCUUUAGUCCCAUGGAGAAUGGGAAGAGGAGUGAGGAGAUGUAACAGGAGAAUAGUAGGACGGUAGAUAGAGGAGGUACAGAGAAAGUUACAAAAUAACGGGGAGGUUCGGGUCGUAAUCGGAGUAGGUAGCGAGCAGGUCAGCGGAGCGGAAGGGCAGCCAUGCGGUACCUUCCAGCCACGCGAGACAGCAUCUAGGUGAAGUGCUUGGUUCCUUAAGUCCCUCCCAGUGUCCCUGAGUAAGCCUCCCAUGGCUCCCACAUUCGAGUAAACUUACUUAAUGUCCCCCUGACAUGACCUCUUUGUUUUUUCAUGAGAUAGUUAUCCUUAAGUAUAAUUAGUACCGUGGCCAUGGUUGGGGUCGUGGGUUGCAGCCAACUCUGCGUUAAGGCUCUACGGGCCGCUGAUGUAAUGUUGCAUAAUAGAGCCAUCUCUGCUCCUGCCCAGCCGUCUAUUGGUCUAGAUAGCAGGGACACCCAUGGGUCAAGACUAACAUAUUUUUGCAGGAUCUGGGAGACUAGCCUCUCCACCUCCUUCCAAAUGUAGCCACUAGGGGGCAACUCCACCCUAUGUGGUGGUACGUGCCUCUGUCCCCACACAGUCUCCAGCAUUGGUCUGUUGGAGUUUUGCGCAUGUAAUACCAUUUCACCGGUGUUGUAUACCGUCUGAACAUUGUUUUAAAGGCAUGUUCCUAUAUAGUCACGCAAAUCGAUGUUUUACUGUUGGCCUCCCAUAUGUCCUGCCAGUCAAUGCCCUCCAGUACCUUUUCCAGUUCCGCCUCCCAUCUAUUAUAGGUCAACUCCCCCAAGUCCGUGGUGGUGGAGCAGAGGUGAGAGUGUAUGCUGCUGAUCAGACCUUUCUGAUAUGUCUCAUUAAAGGUGGGCUGUUUGCUUUAUGUGUGGUAAGCUCGCGAAGUCUCGCAUUUGAAUUUAUCUGAAGAAGUCUGUGGUCGUUAAUUUGUAUCUAGUUUUAAGUUCGUCAAAAGAGAUCACUUUGUCGCCUAUAUAUAUCUGGUGUAUGCGUUGCAGUCGUGCAUAUUCUAGGCCCUUAUAGUCUUGUGCUCUCAUGCCCGGGGGGAAGACUCUGUUUUUAAGUAGGGGCAUCAUGGGGGAUGGGAAGGACAUCCGGUCGUGUUUUCAUGCGGAGACGCGGAUGGAGUUGGUGAUAGACGGGCAGGUGGUCCGCAGUGGUGCCUAUGUUCUUUUGGAAGCCAUAUAUAUAGUUGUGGGAUGUCAGCGCCCAUCAUCAUGGACUCCAAGUCCACCCAUCUCCUCUGAUUUGGGCUACCUGUGUGAGUUGGGCUGCCACAUAGUAAUGGAGGUGUGGGAGUCCCAGACUUCCGGCAGUUUUGGGGCAGUAUAGUAUAUUGCGUGCCACACGGUACCUCUUGUUCUGCUAUAUGAACCUGUCUAGUUCUCUUUGUAGGGGUGCUAGGUCUUUUUUUGUAAUUGGUGGGGGUAGGGCCUGAAAUAGGAAUAGUAUGCAGGGGAGGAUGUUCAUUUUUAUUGAGUGAAUUCUGCCCAUCCAGAAAAUCUGUUUGUCUGUCCACCUCUCCAUGUAGCCUGUCAAUGCCCGUAUAAGAAGGGCGUAUUGGCCUGAUAUAAGAUCUCUGGGAUAGAAGUGAGAUUACAACACCUUGGUUUUUAACACAAAAGGAUUGUUUUACUAAUCUCAGGCUAUAUUGCCCUUACCAUUACACAUACUGUGGAUAAAGUAAAUUUGUGUUCUUGCACUGCCAGUGAAUAAAUGCCCGCUCAGUAAGUUUAGCAGUAGGUUUUAGGUUUCAAGCUGGGUCAUUUUAUAUAUAUAUAAAAAUGUCAGUGCAAGCAUUUUUGCUGCAGAUUAAUUUAAUCAGUUAUGUGCACAUUUUCCUAUUAGCAGUUAUUUGGAGAGCUGUACUAGACAAUCAAAUAAUCAGUAUGGUAAAACAUCCUCUAGUUCUUGAUUGGACAUUCACUACUUCCAUUUAGUGUGCUAUUUUAAAAUUAGUACUUUACCAGCAAGGGGUCAAACUGUUAACAUGAAAGCUCUUCAUCUAAAAAAAUGUUCAUGGACUAUAAUCUUCAAUCACUAAGACUGUGUAAUAUCACUUCUGUGUGUAGAUUUAUUGGAUUAAUUUAGCAUGUUUCCAUUUUUAGAAAUCUUAUGCAAUACUAAUUGUUUUUCCAGGCACACGAUUAUGCUUUCACAAAGGCCGUAAAAAGCAGUGGCAUGAUGUAGAAGAUUUUGUCAAAAUGGCACAUUAUAGAAAUGAGCGUGAAAUGACAGCAGGAACUCAUAAGGUACAUUUAUAAUUUCAAGUGUUAUACUUAAUUGUUUAAAAAAAAUGUUAUUCUUUAUUUUUUGUGUGCAUAUGAGUAACAGCAAUGGCAAGACAUUAACUGGUCAAAGCAUAACAGUUACAAGACAUUCUAGUGUAGUGCACAAUUUUUCAAAGUGCUAUAAGGUACAGGCUAGGCAGGACAUGUCUAGAGUAAAUAUUGAGAGAAAGCUUCUAACCUAUGCAGGCAAGUUCAUAGUCAUUUAAAUAGAGAUAUUAACCCCUUUAGGACCGAACUUCUGGAAUAAAAGGGAAUCAUGACAUGUCACUCAUGUCAUGUGUCCUUAAGGGGUUAAAGUAGGUUGUGUAACAUGCUUAUGGUACUGAGAUAUAGUAUAAAAAAACUAGAUUAUAGGACAUGCAAAUAUCAGCAUUACAUGUAACAUGACUGUAAGCUGGAGAGAAUUCAGGAACAUCAGAAGAGAGUGCCUGAAAAUUAGGUAGUGACACAGGUAGCACCCCACAAUUUCGAGGAGGUAAGGUGGAUGGCUACAAGCCCCUCCCAGAAUGGCCAGGUUAGCCUUUUCCGAACUGGGUUAUGUCCUAGUCCCACAACGAGGAGAUAUAUUGCAGACCGUCGAACUUCAAAAAGAGAUGGCUGAUCAAGCUGUAUGUUGCGAGUGGGGUUUUAUGUAGUACUUCAGAGAGGUUGAUAGUCCCAGCAUUAACCCGCAGCCGUGCUUUCUGCAUCACUGCCAGCUGUCGGAACGUUGGCGCUUCCUGUGUUUUAAAUGUUUUAAUGUUGCUUUACAGGGUAUCAGGAUCACUAAUUGGAGAGUUGUGUAUAACUUUCCUUACUUUGCCAUGAAGACUGGCUAGAUGUGGGAACACUUCAUGUGAGGUGGUAAAGUCCACUGAAACUCAGGGGAAGAAAGUUUUAUUAUAACUAGUCCUUCCACCCACAUUUUUAAGUUGCUCAAGUUUAUCAGAUGUAACUUUUUGACUUUUAUCUACAUCAAAAUGUAAAAUCUUAGUUAUGCGUGAUAGAUCAUUUUGUUUAAUACAUGCAUUGUACAUCACAGAAGCAAACCGUGGACCAUUAGUUUGCUUGGGGUCCUAGCUCUGUCUGGGGGCUUGAAUUACCAGCAGUUCUCCAUGCUGCCGUAAGUGCAAGCAGAGAAAGAAUGUGUAUCCAAAGAAUUAUAACAGCAAAAAUCUAUCUGUAAAGACAAGUACACGUUAAAGUAACAUGUCGUUUGCUUUUCAUUUUUUUAUUUAAGACAAUAAUAAUGAUUUUCCCACUAAUGCAAUCCACACUAGUGAUUUAUUGAGUUAUAUAGCAUCUAUAGAAUCCAUUGUGAUGUGAAACACAUCAUGGAUCGAACACAUUAGAGAGUGCAGUGCUUGGAUUCUUGAUGGCAUAUUUGUAAAAUUAGAUACUAGGAAGUAUCAUUCCUAAAGCAAGUUUUCUGGGAAUUCUGUGAAAGUGGAACUCUGGAAAUUACACAUUUGGAUAAAACAAUCACAACCCAGUUUUAAUCUAGACACAACAUUGUUUCUGUUUCUCCUCCUCUCUUUAUGCUGACUGAGAGGUGCAAAAUUCAGAUCUUAUUAUCGUGAUUGUCAUUGAGUAAAAAUGGAGGCAUUUUUUUUUUUUCAGACCUCUUAAACACAUACUUGUUUAAAUACAGAGGAUAAAUAAACCCAAUAUUAAAAAUCCAGGAAUUGGCAGUAGUCCUAUAAACCACUAGAACAUACUUUUUUGUUAUCCCUGUGGUGUUUAAAUUAUCUCUUAUAUUUUAGGGUUAUGGUGCUGAUGGUUUGAAGCUGAUCUCCCACGAAGAGAGUGUCUCAUAUGGAGAAUCGGUCCUGCAACUCACUUUUGACCCUGGUACAACAGAAGAUGGCUUGCUCACAGUAGAGUGCAGACUGGACCAUCCCUUUUAUGUUAAAAACAAAGGUAUUGUAAAUGAGUGCAUGAUAUAUUGUGUAUGCAUUAACCUUUUGUGUCAAAAGAGCAUUCAAGGUGUUUUGUGUUAAUCUGCUAAUUGAAUUGAUAGAUUUGCUCUAUCUUUUUUGCUUUUUUGUUAAGGUGAUGUGUUAAAUAGGCUAUAAAACAUGCUGCACACAUAUCAGUACUUCUGUAUCCUGUAUUUUAUUGACAGAAAGUGCUCCUUCUGAGAGCAUUAACAUUUUUAAAUAGUUUAAAGUCUUCACUCAGAAGACUGGUAAGUCACUCUGACAGCUUCUAAAGGCAUAUUUUCUGUAAAAUGUAAACUGUCACACUAAAAGGACAGUCUACAAACCAAAACCACUUAAUUAAGAAGUGAUUAGGCGGCUUAGAAUGUAACUUUAAGAUAGACUAAGUAAACCUGGAGGGUGUUAUUUGUUAGGCAACACAACCUAAACUUGCUGAGACAAACUUUGUGUGCCUUGAUUGGUAGUUGCAUUUGGGGGAAAGCGAAAUGUAAAAAGCCUACCUUUUCCAGUAGGACUCUACUGAAAGCUUUCUGAAUGAACAGUACAUUUAAGGACACUGAAUUUCUACUGUAACACGUAAACUCUGGUGUGGUGAAUACAGUGUUUGAAAUUAGGGUGGAUAAUUAUCAGUGUGUUCUGUUCUAAAAACUGGUCUAGGCUCGAGUACUAAAAGUGGGGACAGUCACCAUGGAAACCAAUGAAACAGACAGGCACAUUCCAUUAGUGACUCUACCACUUUCACAUAUUUACAAAACUUAUGUUUAUUUUCAAAAUGUAAAGAACUGAUAGAUGUAAUGAAAAUGUUGUAGAAUUAAAAUAGAAUGUACAAAUGAUGAAAAUUACAAGCAAAAUGAACAUAUGAUUACAUAUCUUGGACAAGGAAACCAGUGUGAGAACAGGAAACAAUCAGUAUCCCAAUUAGGAAUUACUAAAAGUAGCAUUUUCUAGCCACUCUAAAUCAUGAAAUUAAAAAAGAGAACUUAAAAGAACUUGUAAAUACAACCGAUUAAUUCAUUGCUCUACAACAGCAUUGCUAUGCAAAGUAGAAUGAACGACGACUAAGCAGAAUAAAAAAUAAAAUAUAUAUAGUUUACCAAUACUGAAAUUAAUCAAGGAAUCUGCUUUCUGUGAACAAAUAUACAUUAAUAGGAGGGAAUCAAAGUGGGUAAGCCACAGUUGCUAUAAUUUAGUGUAUUUAUGUCUGUCGCCAGUGGCUGACCAAUGAAUUUCUGCCAUAAACCUAGUAAGUUCAACUUGAUACAUGCAUUGUUGCAGGGUGGGUAUCCUCACCUGCUUCCAUAUUGUAGGGAUCCAGGAAUUAGCUGCUCCUAUAAGGUGGGCUAAUAAAUAGUUAUGUUUCUUGGCAAAAGGGCUAAGCCAACAUCUUAAAAUCUGUGUUGGGCAGAGGUUGUGUGGUUGUUGUAAGACAUUCUUUAUAAACGCCAAAUUUCUUGCAAUGAUACUGAAUUGUUUGCACCACUUUUUAGAAAAGAACACUUAAACUAAUGCUCCUAGAAUGUCUACUUCACAUGUAUGGUUCCUCUACAUAAACUCACUUAAACAGGUGUACCAGUCCUAUGAGUGCAUGCCAGUGUAUACACACAAGAGAGUGCAUGAACACUGCUCUAAUUCAUUUAAAACUACAGCUUGGAAGUGUAAUGGACAUACACUAAAAGGUGCUCAGCAAUGUUUCUGUCAGAUUGUGUAAUGUAAUUCUGGAUCUUACCAAAUUGUUUAUAUAACAUGCUCAUCUGAAAGACACUAUGCUCAUGAUUUGCAGGUUGGUCAUCUUUUCACCCAAGCCUAACUGUGGUUCAGCAUGGCAUUCCCUGUUGUGAAAUCCAUGUUGGUGAUAUAUGUCUACCUCCUGGACACCCAGAUGCCAUAAAUUUUGAUGAUUCCGGUGUUUUUGAUACAUUUAAAAGGUAACUGUUGAUGUUUGGAGGGAAGCUACAGAAGUAGUAGAAUUGUUAUAUAAAUACAAAUUAUUCCACCCUAGCCUCAUUUUAUUUUGUAAAUGGAUGUACUUCAAUUUAUACCAUUUGCGUUUCUUAUUUUCAAAGCAAAAUGUAUGAAAAAUUAUUAUAUAGAGUACAGAAGGGGUCACACGUUUUACCUUGUUUAUGUUAAAGUACUGUUAAUGGAGUGCUUGCAGAUUUCCCUGAAAUCUAUGCACUAGGUCUAACGUUGAGAGCCAGACAUAACUACUUUAAGAAACAAUGCAUGCACAUACAUUUUAAUCACAUACAUACAGCUCACACAUAUAUUUUACUAUAUGUCACUGUUUAUUACAGCAAAAUGGAUUAUGUUCUAGGCCAUUGCUUAACAAGACCAAUCACCAUAAAAGAUAACUAAAAUAGCUCUUUUGGAAUCAUAAUCCAAAGCUGUAUUCUAGCCUAAAUGUUUCAGUUUGGAUUUCAGCUCAUUGAAGUGUUCUGGGUCCAGUGUCCCAGCACCCUGAACCAUGAACAGGUAAUUAUUGCAGUUUUUUUUAUAAAAUGCAAUAAUUACCUUUUUGUGUAACCCCCUCCUCUCGUGAAGACAGUCACUAAAGGGAUUUCCAGAUUGUUAGGCGACUUUUGGUUGCUGGACGUCCUCAUGCUAUACAUGAAUAAUGGUUUCCUAUGGAGAAAUCCUGAUACGAGAGCGCCCAUUGCCAACUUCUGCGAGGGAGGAGCAGAGGCGGGCCUGACGGAUUUAUAUGAUAAUAAAUAUAUAUAUAUAUAUAUAUUAUCAUAUAAAUCCGUCAGGCCCGCCUCUGCUCCUCCCUCGCAGAAGUUGGCAAUGGGCGCUCUCGUAUCAGGAUUUCUCCAUAGGAAACCAUUAUUCAUAUAUAUUAAAACUCUGUUUUCCUGGCACUACAGUUUCCCUUUAAGCACUGUUUCAGAUCUGUCCCAUAGUUGUGUAAGUUAUUAUUACUGGUAUUUGUAUAGUACCAACUAUUUCUGCUGCCCUUUACAAUAUAAUGAAAGGGGGGUAAUUUACAUUAAAUGAGACAAUUAAUGGACUGAGAUUUUUCAUUAGUCUAUAAUUAACAUAUACUCAUGUCCUGGAAUGCCCCCCUACAGGUUCAUACAUUUUCAGAUAACUUUAUUGCUUUUGUGAAGAACUUAAUUUUUAGAUUAUAGUUGUGUUCUCCUACCCCCCAAAUAGGUAAAUAAAUCUCACUGCUGCUCCCUUUUGGCUGAGAUCAUAAUGACAGAUGAUGUCAGCCAAUAUAAUGCUUUGCUAUAAGGAAACAUUGGGGGGUUUGUGAGUAUGAACGGUAACUACCGCACAGCAUCUCCAUAUAGAGCUGCAUUAGAUCAAUUCAUCUUUGAGACUCAUGCACACGCUGCAUUAAGGCAUUGAACAUCGGUCCUGCAAAAAUUGCAGUGAGAGCUUCUAAAGGUGGUCUUGGGACUAAUGUAAAAACUAACCUUUAGGAAAAGCAGUGCUUGCAUUGCUGAUGCUGCAGGCGCAGUCUCUUUGUACUAGAACCACUACAAUAAUUUAUAGUGAUUUUAGUACUUAAAGUGUUUUUCAGUAUUUUAAUUAUGUGAGGGUCCCUGCCAACAACAGCUGGCACCCACUGGAGGUAUGGUUGAGGCAGACAUUACACUCUUCAUUCUAAUCAUAUCAAGUUAUACCAGCAUUGCUGCUCGGGCUAAUGCUCUUCAGUAGCCCAACAGCACAGAGGAGAGGACCUUUGCUUAGUGUUGAACCAUUCAGAAAUGGCUUAACACUGAGGAAUUGUGUUGCCAAUGAUCUCCAGACAGUAAACCCACUUUAGUGAGAUGAGGUGGGCACAGUGCUUACAGUUUCCCACUACCACAAAAUAAAAUAUCCCCUUAAUAAUAAUAUAAAUACAAUAUUCCCAUAAUCUUUUGUUGUAUUCUCCUAAUUACUAACCUCAUACAUCAGUAUAUUGAGUAGGAAUGUUUAAAAUGCCUGGUGAUCAUGAGAUUGAGUGUCUUGGAUUUUGGCGAUGUAUCUGAGACAUGUACUGAAAAUAGUCCUUUACAGAAACCGUAUGUAAUCGAGAAGCCUUUCAGAAGUAAAGAUAAUACAGUAAAGAAGGGCAGUCUAAAUCGUGUUUCAAGCAUAAUUCUUUAGCACAGGCAAAUCAAUAAAGGAUUUUCAUUUUGAAACUCUUUAGCCGCCUGACUUAUUUUUUUUUUCUCUCUUUUACUAUUUUUAGCAUUCAGGUUUUUGAUGAUGUUUUUAAAUUUUCUUAUAAUUGCAUCAUGGUCUUUUUUUGUUUUAUUUUUUUUUUGGCCUGUUUUAUUAGACCGAAGAUAAAGACUACAAUCAAGAUGUUAAAAAGAAAUAAAUCAUAUUUUAUUUACCUUCUGUUUGUUUUUGUUUUUAAACUUGGGUAAACCUAGUUGUCCUCUCUAAUGAUUACGCGGGAGGAUAGGUAAGAUAUAUUUUUUGCUUGGAAGGUGACAGUGGCUUGGUGACCUUUGGCCACCAGGUUAUAUUAUUUUCAUUUUGGGACCAGACCAUCCUCAAGUAAGUUAAAAAGGGAUUGCCUGGCCCUAUCAGUCUUCAGAACAGGAGACUGGAUUUAUCUUGACCCUCUAUUUGCUCUCUACUCAAAAUGCCAAUUCCCCUACCUAAAUUUCACUACCCUCCACCCUACCCUCUUUCUUUCUUUUUUUAAAAGCAGCCUGCUGAAUGUUUUUUCCUGCUGAAUGGUUUACCUUGGUGGCAGAGGUUAAUAGGCUUUAGGGAGUCCAUCGUGGUGUUUUUUGUUUGUUUUUUCUCUUUUAUUUAUUUUCUCGAACUGUUUCACCCAUAUCUGCAUUGUGACGGUAAGCUGUAGUGGGUAUGAUAAAUGGAGAUGCCCAUUGAUAUCAGUAUUAUUAAAUUUAAAAAAAUAAACUUCAAAUACAACUCUGCAACUAAGCUUUUUUUUAAUUAUUUUUUUUAAAUAGUGCGUGGUAUGACUUAUAAAUCAUUUUUAUUUUUCUGAUUUUAUCAUAUGCAAGGAGGACUGGCACCAUUUGGUGGUUAAUGAUCCACAAUUUAUUCUUCGCAACUUAAUAAUUGCUCUGUAAAAUCGUAGUAAAACAUUUAUAAAUUGCCAGUUAAUUUCGAGUUCCAUUCCUUUACAAGCUAAUUUUUACUUUUAAUGUGCAUAACUUUCACCACUAAUUUUUUUUAUUCUCAAUGGCUCACAUGUUUCAAGCAGCGUUAUUCUAUGUCGGUGAGCAAGCUGCUUAUUACUGUUAAAGCUAAGGUUGUUACACAUUGCAGUAUGACAGGUUUGCCUUGUUAGUACUCAUUAGCUGUGCUUUUGUUUCUAGUUAUGACUUCACCCCAAUGGACUCUUCUGCAGUUUAUGUGUUAAGUAGUAUGGCACGUCAGCGCCGCGCUUCCUUAUCCAACGGAGGGGCGAGCAGUCCAGAUUCGGAGAGAUCUGAAUAUAGCAAGGACUGUACGUCUCCAAGAUCUUCACAAACUUCCUACUCUACAUUAUUUAACAAAACUGGCAGGAGCCACAGCUCAGGGACUGCAAACUCUGUGAUUACCACCUCCCCAAACAAGUGCAAAAGACCAAUGAAUGCCUUCAUGCUUUUUGCCAAAAAGUAUAGAGUUGAAUACACUCAGAUGUAUCCAGGAAAAGAUAACCGGUAAUGGAACUUGACUUCAUAUCGUAAGAAAUAUGUUAAAGGCAAUAAUCGUUAGUUGAUACCAGCUAAAAUGGUUACUUGUUAAAAUGAACAUAUAUAUUUGGAUUUGUGAUAAUUUAAGAGAAAGUGUAUAGAAUCCGACAGUGCAAUAGGACAACAGGGUAAAUUGAUUCUCAUCCAUACAUUACUGUUCAUGUUUCCUUUUAUUUUGAAAUAUGAAGUACAUGUCCCAGUUAAUAUUUUACACACCUAAAAUACCACUUGAACCAAAAUAGUUGAAAAAAAUGCUAAACUUAAAAUAAAUAACUAUAAUAGCCAAUUCCAAGUUGGCCAGCAUAAUAUCUGACCCCUCUCCCACUCUUACCUCUCACACCCUAAAAAAAUAAAUAAACCUGCAUAUUGGUGUCAUGGGUUACUCCAAUAACAAUGUAUAAAAUAAAACCAUUUGUGGGUUUUAGCCACAAAUGAUAACACCCUGAUAUUUAGUCCAAACAGUCCCCCUCCUGCAUUUUUAAUUUAGCUUAUUUUUUUUAUUUUAUUUGUAAACUAAUAACAAUGCAUUGUGUGAUCUCACUAAAUUCAGGUUAGCAACUGAUUAGACUUUAGAUCAAGUAAUGCAUUGAACAUUGUUACAAUAGAAUUUCCAGAAUCUAAUCUAUGCUGAUUUUGAAAACUGUCAAUGGUUCUAGGUGAAAUAGUUUGUCCUAUAGAAUGUGAUUGUACUCAUUGAAGAGGUCAAACGGUAAAGCACUUACAGUAGUAUGGAUUUCAGUUAACAAAAAAAAUCAUGGAACAAUGUCUAAAGUAAAAUUACACAUUUAUAUCUAUUUUUAAACAUAAGCACCACUGUUAAAAGAUCAUUGCAAAGUAUUUAACCUGAGCCUCUAUGAAAACUACAAUCCUGCUCCAUGUUUUAUAUUUAUGUGGGGUCUUCUGAGAAGGGUACUUUAUAGUACUGCUUUCAGAUGACAAUAGGCAAUGACAGCCAGGAUUCAUCUCACAGUCUCAACAUCACCACAGCCUGGACCUAAUGGUACCGAGGCUGUGAUGAUUGUAGGGAAGGGACGAAAUAGGAACAGAUUAAUUUGGUUUCCAGAUAAACUCUUAUAGUUUAAUUUUCCAUUACUGGCGGCUUCAUUUAUAUCCUCUGCUAAUCACAUGGAUAAUAAAUGUGUAGGCAUAAUGUUAAAUGUACUGUCUGUGCCUGGAUGGCCAGCUUAUCUGCAGAGGAAAAGCUACAAAAGUGGCCACUUCUAUUGCUGUUUAGAACUGGAAUCCAGCAAAUUCUUCCAUGUGACGUGCUUUAUAUGACAGUGUAAUUUGGAGUGGAUGGCUGCACAGCCACCUUGUUCAAUAUCCACUGACCAUCCAUGGUAAGGCAAAUGUAAUCUUUAGGUAAGUAUACUUUUAAUCCAGUCAUUUGCAAGUGAUUUAGUUGGCAUAGAUUAUACUUAAAGGGACACUAUAGCCACCAGAACAACUAAAAAUGAAUGUAGUGGUUCUGGUGUCUGUAGCCUGUCCUUGAAAAUUUUAGCAAUAUAAACACUACCGUUUUACAAUGGUGCCUAGUAACACCUCUAGUGGCAGUCACUCAGACUAGAGGUGCUUUCUAGUCCAGUGCUGCACUCAGUCUCAUGCUCUACAUGAAGAAACUGAAUGCUCCCCAUAGAGAUGCAUUGAUUGUAUUUCUCUCUGUGAUAAUGUGCUAAUUGCACAGUGCAGUAUUUUGCCAUGCAUGCAUAAUAGCCUCCCAAUGCAUUUAUAUGGGAAAGCGUUGGAUUCGCUGAGAUCAUCAAGAUUGCUGAUCUUAGCCAUGGAUGCGGGGACAGCUGCGGUAAGUCUGGUGUGGUAUUAUGAAAAGGUGUGUAAAUUCACUUUUUCAAGGCAAUCGGAGCAGGGCCGGUCGCCUAAACACCCAUACCAUGACUAUAGUGUCAGGAAUAUAUGUUCGUAAAUCUAAUUACCAGUCCUGCUUUACUGUUGGACCUGAAUUAUAGAUCUCGUAGCUUUGUAAAGAGCUGCAUUAUGUUAAAAGAAAAUGCAAAGUAUGAAUUUAAUGCUUAAAAAAAAUAUUACCUGACUGAAUGCUCACAAUGAUCGCAACAAAGUUCAGCCAAUCAGUGGUAAAGGGUGAAAAACUAUAUGCACUCUAAUGGUGGUUGUUUGAGGACUCAUUUAAGAAUUGUUUAUUUUGUUUUUUUUUGUAAUUGCCUGGAUAAAGGAAAGUUGUAGACCCAGGUAUAGUCACCAAAACAAUUUUAGCUUAUUUAUGCAGUUCUGGUGUAUAAAUCAUGUCCCUGCAGUCUCACUGCUAAGUUCUCUGCCAUUUAGGAGCUUGUUUAUUCAGUCCUAGUCACACCUCCCUGAAUCUUACUUACACAGCCCUCCUAAACACUUCAGGAAAAGAGUCAUCUAAUGUUUACAUUUCCUUUAUUGCAAAUUCUGUUUAAUUUAGAAUUUCUUAUCUCCUGCUCUGUUAAUAGCUUGCUAGACCCCGCAGGAGUCUGCUAUAUGUAAUUAAAGUUCAGUUUACAGAGCAGGAGAUUUACAGAUUAACUUUUAAAGUAACUUAAAUCUGAUUGAAAAUGAAAACCUUUUUGUUUUCAUGCAGGCGGUGUCAGUCACUGCUAUGGGAGGUGUUACUAGGGCUGCAUGGAGAGAAACAUGAUUUAACUCCUUAUUGGCAGAGAAUUGAGUAGUGAAACUUAAUGAGCAUGAUCUAUACACAAAGUGCUUCAUUAAGCUAAAGUUGCUUUGGUGACUUUAGUGUCCCAUUAAUGUUUGUCAUAGCAGUACUUCAUAUAGUGGUAUAGAAGCUGAGUGUUCAUUCAUAGCAUGUUGCUGGCAGUGUUUACAUAAGCAAAAAUCUAGGUGAUGGGAGGGGUUAGAGAUAGACUUUCAUUUCUAAUUGGUAAUUCUCAGUUUGCUAGUGUGGGAUACAUUGUGUACUGUAAUAAGUGACUAACUGCUAUAUACGUUAUUACGAACAAUUUCUGACAAAAAAUACCUAUGUAUUAAAUGAGCGUUGUUAAUGUGUUUUAUUGUAUUGUGCUGCCUCUUUGCAGAGCCAUAAGUGUGAUACUUGGUGACCGAUGGAAGAAAAUGAAGAAUGAGGAAAGGAGGAUAUAUACAAUAGAAGCUAAAGCUCUGGCUGAAGAACAAAAACGUUUAAAUCCUGACUGUUGGAAAAGGAAAAGAACAAAUUCGGUAUGUUUACAAUCUAUCCUCUUGGGAUGCUUUAAUGGUUUCUUCUGUUCAGUAUCUCCGCAUUCCAUGACACUGAUUGUAUGUACUAUUCUGUAAUAUAUCAAGUGCAGUGUUCUGACUCUAAUGGUAAUGACAUAUUAACAUAUUUUAUAAUUGCCAGAUUGGAAUCUUAUCUAUACCUGUAUUUUAUGGUAAUAUCACUGAAAGGGUUUUUUACUAAAAGGAAUAAUUCUAAAUUAAUUGCAAAUUUAAAGUCAGAGUGGCCAAACUGAAAGAAUAGCUAAUAGCUUUUAAUAUUUUGACAUUAAAAGACCACUCCACACACAUAACAAACUACAAAUUUUGCAAGCUCUUUUGAGAUAUACCUCCAAUGAAUACAUGCACGAAAAAUGCAUGUAUUAAUUGGGGGUACAUCAAUGGAAAAGUGAUUUUUUUUAAUUUUUUUUUUUUUAUUAGCACUGUGGAGUGUUACUUUCAAUUUAAACUCACUUUGAAUUCUAACUUUAGUGAACAAUCCAGUAAAAAUAAUUCUCUUGAGGUCAACAGAUUCACUAUUAACCCCUUAAGGACGGCAGGUGUGGUAUGCCAUUCUUGGGAACCCAGCUCUAAACGCCAGCGGACGGCAUAGCCUGUCCAGGGGACUUACCUGCUUGCCGGCGAUGGGGGGACUUACCUGAAAUCCCCCUGCUGCCGAUCCGGCCCUCCUGGGGCAUGUGAUUGUGAGGACCUCAUGAUCACAUGGACAGAAUAGCCAUCCAUAGCAGUGCCAGCAGCGGGAGUGCCUGGAAUGACAGGUAGUCCCCCUGCUGCCUGCAUUAAAGUAAAAUAAAGUGUUAAAACUGUGUAUUUUAAUUAUAUAUAUAAUAUAUUAAAAAUACUCGUAGAAUUAUAUUAAUUAAAUAUAUAAAUACGUUAAACAUGAAAAUAAAAAUUAUUUUAAAAUGUAUAAUUUCGUUCUAACUGUAUUUUAAAAUGUAUAUAUAUUGAUAUCAAAAUUCACUUAGAUUGAAAUAUAUAUAUAUAUAUAUAUAUAUAUAUAUAUAUAUAUAUAUAUAUAUAUAUAUAUAUAUAUAUAUAUAUAUAUAUAUAUAUAUAAAAAAUAAUCCACAAUAUCCUUGCACACUGGCUCCAAAGUAGUUAAACCGGGUUCUUGCAAUCUGGGGAGAUUACACAUACCAAUAGAGAAGAUGACCAGCACUCUCGGAUUCCAAUAGGUAAUUAAAAGUUAUAGACUUUAUUCAUCCAUCUUUAAAAAUAGCUGCUCAACGUUUCAGUCCACGUUUGGGACUUUCAUCAGGAACAACAGCCAUAGAUACAAAACAAACAUAUAUAGGAGAAACAAUCAUUGUAAAUUGACUUACCCCAGGUGUACCCGAUCCCCUGAGUACUGCCGCCCGCGGCCCCAAGUGUCCUCUGCGCAUGCGUGACGUGCUCCGCCCCCACUCUGCGUGACCAUGUGAUAUCCAUUGUCAUGGAGACCCGAGACAAGCCGCGUCUCCAUGGCAACCUGGCUACUUGCUAGCCGUACUCUAAAAGACAGUGAUCGUGAAAGAGAUCUUUGGCAAUGAUAAUAGGAUUACCUUAAUCCCUCAAUUCCCAAUUAAAAGCUAAAAGACAAAACAAUUAAUACAAUAUAAUACUGCAAUCGGGAUCUAUAUCAUUAAAGCUUUUUGGAUGUCACUUAUCCCUUUGUGUGAAUAUACUGCCUUUAUCACACUUUCUUUGUGUAUUGCUAAUAAGCACAUAGCACUUUAUAUGCACUGACAUUGGUCCCAUUUAAAAAAUUUAUUUGCACAUUAGAUUUUAAGUAUGCUCCACAGUAUCUCUAGCAUAUAUUUUGCUGUACUGUGAAGCAUAAAGUAUCAUUAAGAAUUAUAUAGGCUAGUAGUAGUGCUUUAUAUACACAAUUGAGCACUUUUUAUCACUGGUUGCACUGUUUAGGACCAAUAACACUUUACAUCACUUGGUUAAGCACUAUGUACUUUAUAUAGUUGUUUCUUUUGAGUACUGUAUGCACUAACUGCAAUAAUAGUAUGGGUUGUAACAUAUGGACUAAAUUUAUUUGGUGGUAAUUACCGUCCCUUUAAAUGGAGGAUGUAAACAAAUAUGGGCACUUUAAUGAUAUAGAUCCCAAUUGCAGUAUUAUAUAUUAUAUUAAUUGUUUUGUCUUUUAGCUUUUAAUUGGGAAUUGAGGGAUUAAGGUAAUCAUAUUAUCACUGCCAAAGAUCUUUCACGAUCACUGUGUUUUAGAGUACGGCUAGCGAGUAGCCGGGUUGCCAUGGAGACGCGGCUUGUCUCUGGUCUCCAUGACAACGGAUAUCACGUGGUCACGCAGAGUGGGGGCGGAGCACGUCACGCAUGUGCAGAGGACACUUGGGGGUACUCAGGGGAUAUGGUACACCUGGGGUAAGUCAAUUUACAAUGAUUGUUUCUCCUAUAUAUGUUUGUUUUGUAUCUAUGGCUGUACCCCCUCCUGUACACAUUUUAUGGUGUUUUCAAAAGUUACAGAGCCAAAUAUAAAGCUUGUGUUUCAGUUUUUUCACAUUGAAAUUCGCCAGAUUGAUUGAUUACGUUGCCUUUUAGACCGUAUGGUAGCCCAGAAAUGAGGUAUAUUUUACCCCCAUGCUGGCAUACCAUUUGCAAAAGUAGACAACCCAAGUUUUGCAAAUGGGGUAUGUCCAGUCUCUUUUAGUAGCCACUUAGUCACAAACACUGGCAAAAAUUGGCGUUCAAAUUUGUUUUUUGCAUUUUUCACACACAAAUAUUAACGCUAACUUUGGCCAGUGUUUUGUCACUAAGUAGCUACUAAAAAAGACUGGACUUACCCCAUUUGCAAUACCUUGGGUUGUCUAUUAUUGCAAAUGGUAGGCCAUCAUGGGGGUAAUUCUCCUUCCUGGGCUACCAUAUGGUCUCAAAGGCAACGUAACCAAUCUGGCAAAUUUCAACUUGAAAAAACUGACAAAUUUAACAUGCUAUAUUUGACCCUGUAACUUCCCAAAACCUGUACUUGGGGUACUCUUUUACACGUGAGACAUUGCUGAAUACAUAUCUGUAUUUUAUUGCAGUAAAAGCAAACACUAUUGUGACAUUCACAGUUAAAAUGUGAUGCAGAACUAAACAAAUAAUAAAAUUUCUUAAUUUAAUAUGAAUAAAAUAUAAAAACUUUUUUGAGAAAUUAGGUUUCAUAGCUAAAUAUUUGAUGUUAGAUGAAAGCCCUGUUUCCGCUGAAUAAAAUGAUAUAUGAAAGAGGUGAAUUACGGUUGGACAGACAUGUAGCGCAAAUUCCAAGUUUUGUUUUAUUUUGAUCAAAACGUGUACAUUUGGCUCAGUCCUUAAGGGGUUAAUUGGCAUUUUUGCCAUAAUAACCAGACUAAAAACAUUUCUGAUUUUUUUUUUGGAGAAUAAUGCCUUUGAGUUUAAAUUAAAGGACCAUAAACAUAAACCACUACAGAGUGCUCUGUGCACCUAACCAAUACAUGUCAGCCUUUUCUGGGUUUAACAGUGUACCUUCAUGCUGCAUCAGGUUAGGGCUGUAGUGGUUAUGGUGCUUAGAAUGUCCCUUUAUAUGUUUUAUAUUUAUUAUGUCUAGAAUGAUGAAAUUACUUUUUCAAAGGAAAUGCAAUGCUAUUUUUUGAAAGUUCAGCAACAAGGGCCGAUGGAUAUUAUUUGGCCAGCCUUAGGAUACAGCUACUAUAUUUAAUAACAACAAAAAUCACAAGGAGUGUUUUUCCCUUUUCUCUACUUUUUACACUUACAUGUAUAUAUAUCCUUACAUGUUUUUUAUUUUAGUUUAGUAAAUUUUGCUUUUUAUUUUUUUCCCUAGGGUUCACAACAGCAUUAAACAUGAAUGUUGACAGAUAUUUGUGUUGAAUUUUUUAUGUCGAACAUGCUAUACAUCUGGAUGGAGGAAGAAAAUCUGGCAUCACAAUGUCUUUUUGAAUUUGUGUGAUGAUACAAUAAUUGGUAUAAUUGUCAAGAGAAUGACGAGUGAAGGUUUUCGUUUUUUUUUUUUUUUUAAACAAAAAAAAUUAUAUAUAUAGCAUUAAGUAUGCAAAAUAUCAAUAUUUAAACCAAAUUGCCUUAUUUUUGGAAAAUUAUCUGGUAACCUAGGCUUGAAAUUUGUUAUCCUGUGGUGCUAAAAUGAGGUGUGUAUUAGAACAUUGUUUCAAAACAGACAGGUAAAAAGGGGAAUUUAUAGACCAUAUAACUGCUGUUUAUUGACCCUACUGCUUAUUAAUAUGUAUUGCACAGAUUUAAUUAUAUUUGGACGUCAGAAUAUGUAAGUUUCUGACGUGACAUUUUAAUGCAAAGUGCAUAUGCACUAACUGACUAUCCAGCACCACUCGGCUACAUUACAUUAUAUGGAAAGUCGAUCGUUGGCUUCUUUGUGAACAGGAGUCUGGAAUCUAUUACAGAAUCCUCCAAAUGUUAUUGAAAAGCAUAACUGUUUAGUGAUUUAGUUGGCUGCAGAAGCUACAGGUAGAAUUUUAUUUUGCUACAGAAAAUGUCAUUUAUGAUGAGGAGGGGGAGGGGAACGACUUUGCACUUAACUCUGGUGCAACACUCGCACUUUACUUUUUCCUGCAACUGUCAGAGUGAACAGAUGCAUUUAUUUUUUAUUAUUUUUGUUACAGUGGCAUAGCUGUGACUUGCUGCAAUCAUGGCUCUUCGUGCUAAUAUUCAAGAAUCACGGCUGUAAAACAAUGUGUCUGACGUGUGUCAUCAUAUUGCCCCUAUAAUUUUUGCACAUUAUAUACUUGUAUAUUUCAAAUAAAUUUGUUCAAAUGAUGGUAUAGUUUCAUUAUUUCAGAUAAUCAAUAACACAAAUAGUUUCUAAGCACAAUUUAUUAUACAGAGAUCAUUUAAAAAAAAUCAACGUAUGUGUCAGAACCUAACCCUUAUUGAUACAAAACACAAAAAUAACUGAUUAAAUAUAUAAGAAAUAAGAUUGGGAAUUUUAAUGUCUACGUUUACCAUAUCCAAAAAACAUUACUGCUAGGGCUUUUAGAUUCACUCUUUGUCAGGUGUAGAAAUUUCUACUGCACAGAUGAUGUUGCUUUUUGGAGCAGUUGGACCAUGAUAGGAUAAACUGGAGCAAACUCUUUGCCUUCUCUUGCUUUCACAGACUGUGUAUAUGCUUCUAUUGCACCUCUGAAAAAGAAAGAGAUGUAGUUUAAACAUUUACAGUACCUUUCAAC